UUAUUUUUCUAUAUAACUACUAAAGAAUUCCGUUGUGGACAACGCGGAUAGAGUGAGCUCAUUCUGUCGGCAAACAUGGCUGUUUUGUGGACUUCCGCUGUGCUGUUUUUGGGAAUUCAGACGGUUGUAGGACAAUGUCCCGCUGGUACUAAAGUACCGAUUGUCGUUGCUGGACAGCCAUUAGUAGACUUGGAACGGGCCGUGGGAUUAUGGCAUGAGUACUAUCAUCUGGAUGGCGGGACUGCCGCGGAUGCUUCCGCAUACAAUCUGGUAAUGAAUUCCACCGUUUUGGGUGCGUAUCCGCAGCCCGGCCCCACGAAAUCCUACUUUACAUCGUGGAAUUACAACGGCUACUGGCCGCAAGAUUUUCCGGCCACCACCAAUCUCAAGUGCAGCAUCAUCAGCCAGUACGGCAACCUGACGUCUGACGGCAAGCGCAAGGUCAUCGCUAACUUUGGACAAGAUCCCAAUGAGCUGUUGAGCUACACUUAUACCAACCUCUUCACCGACUACAAACUUUUCCAAGUGCUCUACCGCUGCAACACCCCCAACGCCGACGGGAAGAACUGCGACGACGUCAUGGCUUGGGUGCACACGAAGGUUCCGCCGCCACAACUCACCACCACACAGAAGUCCUACAUCGAGAAGGCAUCCGACUGGUACCUGGCGCAGAUCUGCAAGAAAUUCUCCGAUCUAAUACCCAGCCGUUGGGAUAUGAGUUUGCCCGUGGGACUGAAUCCGGCUUGUAAUAUGGCCUUGGGCACCGGACCCGCCCUGCCGGCUAAACUGGCGGCAGCUAUACCGAUAAAAGGAUUCUAAACUUUUUUUCCACCAUCAUUGUAUCUGCCAUUAUAAAGAAUACUUGUGCUACAUAAAGAAUACGUAUGCUACUUGAACGGAAAUUGUGAUUUGAAAUGCGCUUUCAUUCCGAGUACUUUGCGUAAAAAUUCACUGAAGAGUAGAUGCACAAUUUUAUUACGCAACGUGUUUAAUUAAUAAAUACUUUUUACAUUUGA